CUUCGUCCAAGCAUCUGUCGCCAGGCUCACCUCCAUGUGGGUUAACUGGAAGUCCCAUUCACGGAUGCGCCCCUAGUAUGUUUUCCACCGACAGCGCCCCUCUUCUCUUUACUCCCUUCAUUUUCCAGUUCCCACAGGAGCAGGGAAUCGGGUUGAUGGGUCGGACUUGAAUUUGGAUUGAGACUAAAUAGGUUGGAUUUUGAUUUUUUUUUUUUUUUUUUUCAGUUUUCUUGCUGAGGAGUUUCCCUCCCCCUUUCCCUUGCGGCUCUGCUAAGUCUGUACGUCACAGCCUCUGUACCGCACCGCACUUAGAAAUAGGCCAUCCCUCCCAUCAUAUCCUACACCUCUCACUGUCUCCUCUUCAUUAAUUUAAACACCCACUCCCACUCUUCUUCUUCGUCGCUCUCCACAGCGUCAACACUGAACCACCUCUGCUCCUCUCGCGAUCUUCCUCCUCCUCCUCUUCACUCUUUCCGUUGCCAAAAAUGCCGCUCAAUUUAGCGGCGAUUCGCGCGCUUUCAUGCGUUGUUGGUACUCUUCUCGCCAUUGCCGGCGCCGACGAUCCGUACAGAUUCUUCACCUGGAACGUCACCUACGCCGACAUUUUUCCUCUCGGCGUUCGCCAACAGGGAAUACUAAUCAAUGGACAGUUUCCCGGUCCGGACAUUCACUCCGUUACGAAUGACAACCUCAUAAUCAACGUCUUCAACAGCCUCCCGGAGCCUUUCCUCCUCUCCUGGAGUGGGAUUCAGCAGAGGAGGAAUUCGUUCGAAGACGGUGUUUACGGGACGACGUGCCCAAUUCCUCCGGGGAAGAACUUCACGUACAUUCUGCAGGUGAAGGACCAGAUCGGGAGCUUCUUCUACUUCCCUUCUCUCGCAUUCCACAAGGCCGCCGGCGGUUUCGGAGGCAUCAGGAUCCUCAGCCGCCCCCGGAUCCCCGUCCCCUUCCCUGACCCCGCCGGCGAUUACACCGUCCUCAUCGGUGACUGGUACACCGCCAAUCACACGACCUUGAUGAACACUCUAAAUCGGGGCAAGAAACUGCAUUUUCCGGAUGGGAUCCUUAUUAAUGGUCGCGGGCCUAAUGGGACAUCUUUCAGUGUAGAGCAAGGAAAAACUUACAGGCUUAGGAUAUCAAAUGUUGGACUGCAACAUUCCCUCAAUUUCCGCAUCCAAAACCACAAGAUGGUAUUAGCAGAAGUAGAGGGAACACAUACUCUCCAGACCACCUACUCUUCCCUGGAUGUGCAUGUUGGCCAGUCCUACUCCGUUCUAGUAACAGCUGAUCAACCUGCUGAGGACUACUUCAUUGUGGUCUCUAGCCGCUUCACCUCUAAAGUCCUAACCACCACAGCAUUUCUUCGCUACAGCAACUCUGCAGGCAUAGCUUCAGGCCCUCUUCCAGGAGGACCUACCAUCCAAGUCGACUGGUCCUUGAACCAGGCCCGCUCUAUCAGGACUAACCUUACAGCAAGUGGACCAAGGCCUAACCCCCAGGGUUCAUACCACUAUGGUCUUAUAAACACCACCAGAACCAUCAGGCUUGCUAGUUCAGCUGGUCAAAUUAAUGGCAAGCAGAGAUAUGCAAUUAACAGUGUAUCCUUUGUCCCAGCAGACACCCCACUAAAGCUUGCCGACUACUUCAAGAUUGGAGGAGUUUUCCGUGUAGGAAGCAUAUCUGACAAACCCACUGGUGGUGGAAUGUUUCUCGACACAUCAGUUAUGGGUGCUGACUACAGAGCAUUCAUUGAAAUUGUGUUUGAAAACCCUGAGGAUAUCAUACAUAGCUAUCAUCUUGAUGGCUACUCUUUCUUCGUCGUUGGCAUGGAUGGUGGGACAUGGUCGGCAGCCAGUAGGAACCAGUACAAUCUCCGAGAUGCAAUUUCAAGAUGCACCACUCAGGUAUAUCCGAAGUCAUGGACUGCUAUCUAUGUAGCCCUUGAUAAUGUGGGAAUGUGGAACUUGAGGUCCGAGUUUUGGGCAAGGCAAUAUCUUGGACAACAGUUUUAUCUGCGAGUUUAUACACCAGGGCAGUCGAUUAGGGACGAAUUCCCCAUUCCGAAGAAUGCUCUUCUUUGUGGUAGGGCAAGUGGCAAACGAACACGGCCACUUUGAGGAUCUCCAAAUUGAGCAUUCAAGAUCUGCAGGAAGCCUGCUCGGCUUUGGUAGAUUAAAUUAAAAAGUAGAAUCCAUCUUAUGAAUUGAUUUGUUCUUGGGUGUUUUGUUUGCAAAAUUGCACAAUGGGGUGCCUCUAUGACUAGAGUUUCAAAUGACCUCAGCUCGAGGUCACAUUCUUUCUAAACUUAAGAUUGUAUUUCUUUUGUUCAGUUGCUAUUUAAGAAGGAACCAUACCUAUAUAUGAGAUAGCAUAGUUUGAAGA